UGAUAAUUACGUACUAAAAUCUCAAUUCCUCUCUCCGCUGAAGCCAUCGGUAAAAGAUUCUGUGAUGGGUUCACAGAACGACGGCGACAUUGGCGGCGGUCCUUCAUGGAGCUCCGCCGCCAAUUGGACGGUCGUCGGUGGCUGCUUAGAGAAUACGGUCGCUUAUGAAUCCUUCUACUCUCCGAUCAACGAUGAAGGCGCGGUCGAUUCCAGCCCCAAGUUCCCUCUUGUUCUGCGCCGUCCCUCACCGGAGUCUACUCCAUGCGAGAUCACUCUUAAUUUUGCGGAAAAGCAUGAGAUCCGGCAGGUUUAUGUUCGAAGCACUGCUCGAGUCUAUGAGAUGUACUACACUACCAAUUCUCAGAGCGAAAAUGAAUAUUUUUGUACUGUUCGUUGUGGUGCUGCUAUGAGAGAUGAAGAAGUGCUUCACACGAAUGGUACUGAAGCUGUGUCUGCACAUACAGAUGGGCCUAAUGGAGAUGUGGCUGAAGCAAAUUCACAACGUGGCAGUAAUUUGAACACAAAUGAAGAUGACUGGAUUGAAGUUAAAGCCCCCAGUGCCCCAGCCCUUGAUCAUAAAAACAGUUCUUCUCCAUCCAAGUCUGGUGGAGACUCAGUGAGGAUUAAGCAGGACUUCUAUGAGGCUACAGCAGAAAUAGCAGAUGCAACUCCUUGCACAUCUCUUACAAUCCGUCUUCUUUCUCUUCAGAAUAAAAGUAUUGUAUAUGUUGAUGAGGUCUACGUGUUUGCCAAUCCUGUCGAUUCUGAAGAAGAGGGCCCAGUGGAGAACUCAACUCAAAGUUCUCAAAGUUCUUUGAUGUCCAUGCUUGUCCCAACCCUUCUGCAGUUAUCUAAAACUACUGGCAUUAUUAAGAUCGAAGAUGGGCAUAAUUCUAAUGUGGAGGGAAUGCGUACGUUACCUGAGAUUGGGUCAAAAGCUCUUGAUUCGACCAGUAGUGUAACUGGACUUCAGCAGGAAGGGAAAUCUUGUGCAACCGCUGAUGAUGUAGUGAAAUUGCAAGAAAAAAAUGAGUCUGAUAGAUCUGUACGUCAGUCUGAGGUGCCUCUACAAGUUCCUGCUAAAGAGAGGACAUAUGACGAACCACUUAAUCGUAUCGAAAGUGUCUUGAAUCAGCUUGUUUGUCGAAUGGAUAGAAUAGAGAAUUGCUUUUUGAGGUUUGAAGAAAAUAUGCUAAAACCCAUUAACAGCAUUGAAGGGAGACUGAAGCAGGUUGAGCAGCAGCUUGAAGUUUUAAGUAAGGAGUCACAUGGUUCAGAAUGGCCAUCUGGCUACCGAAUGUCUGCUCCUAGCUUUUCGGCUAAUGAAUCAGGUUCUAACUCCUUUUACAACAGUGGGAACGAUCAUCCCAGUAGUGAACCAAUUGAACCGGAUCGAAAGGAGCUUCAUUCAGGUGCAUCACCCAUCGCACUUGAUAUAUCGAACUCGGUGGAUUCUUCCUUGUUGCACCCGAGUUUUGUAGUAACUGCUCCUGAGUUCUCAAACGGUGAUGAUGAUGAUCAGGAGCUUCAAGUGCCAGAGGUUGCAAUUGAAUCUCCAACGAGUAAACCAAAGCCAUCAAUUGAUGAUGUAUUGGCAUCUGCUCUCGCUCAGUUCGUGUUAUCAUCAUCUUCAAUCACGACCCCAGAAUAUACAAAACCUGCAGCUGUUAUCCCUGCAGAGUUUUUAAAUGAAGAUAGGAACAAUAACCGGAAAGCUUCUUCAAGUGAUCUGUCUGAAACCGAAAUAGAUCAUAUAAGCUGUUCCCAAGAAACUGAUAGCAUACAAUGUACUAUGAAUUCUGCUUCAGCUUCUCUGUCUUCUGCCAACGGUGAGAACUCAAGCCCUUCUAGGCAAGAUCAUUCUUCUGACAGAGAUUGCAAGUAUCAGAGUGUGGAUGGUGAUGUUGGAGUUGCUUCGAAAGGGAAGGAGGAGAUCGGAGACGAGGAAGUUAGUAUUAGCACAAGUGAAGAUUGUUUUCCAGAGACGAGUGGUACUCCAAUCCACCCCCUUCACCGUCAUCCCGAAAAUGGACCCGAUGACACUGAUGCCGAUGCCAUGGAGUUUACAAAAGAAGAUUGUGACAUAGACAUAGUCCACGAUGUUCUUGGAUUUUCUCGCAAAACAUCCAUUGUGGAUUUUGAGAUUCCAAUCCUGGAUGUGAGCUUUAUCUCCAUUGCAGAUUCGAGUUGCGACGAUACCCUCAAGGUCCUUCUCGGGGACAUGGCGGAAUUGAAUUAUGGAGCUCCUUGUGUCGAGGAAAGUGAUGAUGCUACUCCCAUUGGUGAGCAAUCCGAGCUUAUUUUGGUUGAGGAAGAAGAGAACCAGGAGAAUAGUACCUCAAGAAAUGGCGCCAUAUCGCUUGAUAUGAAUUACUGUACCAUUAUGGGCGAGCCUCUGAUUGCUGAUGGCGAAAAUAUGCAGGAUUACGGCAAUAAUAAUACAAUAAUCUCGAGUCUUAUAUGAUUAACUUUUGGUCUAUUUUCUUAUGAUGGAUGUGUAUUUUGUAUGUAAAUCUUUUGUAGCCAUUACAUAAUUUUAGUCUUUUUUCCUA